GACUCGACGCCCGUCAGUUGAGUAGCAGUUGCAUCAGUGAGAGAGUACGAGACACGCACUCUUCCUUCCAAGUGUCACCACCGCUCGUCCGGUGCAACCCGAGCCACCCGAACCCUACACCCCGGAGGUAGCGACCAGCGCAGUCAUGAGUUCCUACCAGUUUGUCAACCCCCUCGCGUCCUGCUACGCCAACGCCCAGGCCCAACAGCAGGGCCCCAGAGGCGCUGCAAACUCGCCGAGCGAGUCCCUACAAGCGGCCUCCCCGGCAGGGGCCGACUACUACAACCCCAACGCGGCGAGCGCGGGCUACCCCACGCCCUGCUACUCGCCCCAACAGCAUUACCCCCAACACCCGUACGCCACCCCUGCCUCGGGGAUGCAGCACUCGGCACCCCCGGGCAUGAUAGACUACACCCAGUUACAGCCCCAGUCCCGGCUCAGCGCCGCCGCGACCGCCCAACAGCACAGCCUACACGCUGCCCAGCAGCACCACCAGCAGCACCUCCAACAGCAGCAACAACAACAGCUCCACCCGGACCCCACGAGCCCGCUGCUCCAGGCGGCCGCGGUGGCGGCUGCGGCUGCCGCGGCGGUGGGCCAGUCGGCGGCGGUGGCCGCGGCGGCAGCGGCUGCCUCGAGCUGCAAGUACGCGGACUCGACGGCCUCGGCGAACGUCUCGAGUCCUCAGGACCUCACCACGUCGACGAACGCGAGGAACAGUCCCGCCCCGGGGCUCGGGCCUGCAGGGACCAGCAAACCGGGUACCAGUGGGCAGAUGGCCUCGACGCCCGGUGGCUCCUCUAGGUCCUCGGUGGCUGCCGCCUCGGUGUCGUCGCCACCCAGCGUUGGUGGUCGGACCACCGGGGAGGGCGGUGCAGCUCUGACGACGGCCUCCUCGGCUUCCUCGCCAGCUUCGUCGACGUCGAGCACGAGCAGCACCGGGAACAACUCGUCGACCAAGGGCAGCGGAUCAGGGCAGAAUCCGCCCCAGAUCUACCCCUGGAUGAAGAGGGUGCACAUCGGACAGAGUACGGUGAACGCGAACGGGGAAACGAAGCGCCAGCGGACCUCGUACACCAGGUACCAGACCCUCGAGCUCGAGAAGGAGUUCCACUUCAACCGCUACCUGACCAGGCGGCGCAGGAUCGAGAUAGCGCACGCGCUCUGCCUCAGCGAGCGACAGAUCAAAAUCUGGUUCCAGAAUCGGCGGAUGAAGUGGAAGAAGGAGCACAAGAUGGCCAGCAUGAACAUCGUGCCGUACCACAUGUCGCCCUACGGUCAUCCCUACCAGUUCGCCCCGCACCCGAGCCAGUUCGCCCAUCUGGCCACAUAGGAGGAGUUCUCGUCCGCCGAGCUCGGAGCUCACGCCGUCCGGUUUCCCGGCAUGUACGGCGAGCAGAACUUCUAAGGGGGGCCCCUCCACUUUUGGGCCCACUCUCACCGACACCCCUACUCUCUGUCCUCCCCCCCACCCCACCUCUCUACUACUAUUCUAACGUCGUGCGCUCCACUUGCUCUUUUUCUCCACGCGUCGGUGGCUUUUGGCUAUACACUAGCGAUCGACUCGCCGCGAUUUCGCGAGUCGGCCCGGUAAUGAUUAUACACACCCCCCGAAAGGAAUCCCUCCUCCUUUAUAUUUCGAGGUUCCACGAGACGCUUCUUCCUUUUGUUUCACUUUUUUCGCGAAAAAUCGGCCAGACUGGAUUCGUUGUUUAGAUUCACGUGCAAAUUAC